UAGCAGUGUCGACGCGCGCUCGUUGAAAGUAAAAGUUUAGUGAAAAUAUUACGACUGAAAAUAUACCUAAUAUCGUGUUUGGUUAUAAUUAAGUGAAUUCAUUCACGACGCGUUGAAAUUUUUACUUGUUAACGAAGUAAAUAGUGGGUUUUUAUAUUUUUCUUGUGAUAAAGUGCCGUUUUGUUUAAAUUAAAAAAAAAAAACAGGUUUUAACUUAUAAAAAAAUAAUCAUCAAGGAUCAUUUUUGCGACUGACGACGAAGAUUUAUCAUCUUCGAUAUUUUUUAUCCCAAGAAAAGGGAUUAAUAACUGGAAAAUCAAUUAAAUUGGCAAGUGCAAAAACCGCGGAAGCAGUACCGAUGUGAAUCGAUGGGAAAGUGAGAUGACGGAGCCGAAAUGAGAAUCUCACGUACCUGAACAAUGCUUGACGACCGCCUGCCCGAGCGUGACGUUUACACUUGAAACACGGCAAGAUGUUUCGAAAAAUGCAAUAUGUCGUCAGAGCAGCAAUACUAUUCGUUCUAUGGAUACCUACCCUGACCGCCCAAGGAAAGGAAAUCACAAACCCAUUACCAUCUUGUCCAAUAGGAUUUACACUAAUUUACAAAAAGGAUAAAUACACCCCAUUCUGUGUAAGACGAAAAGGCCCAGAGACUUUCACUGAAUUGUACAAAGAUUGCGUUGGAAAUCUGUACACCACGAAAUUGUAUCAAGAGCUGAAUAUAUCGAAGCCCGAUUAUGCUGUAUGGACUGAAUACAAAACGUUGUAUUCAGGCGGAGUCUUCAUCGACUGGUCCCACACAAGGACUACGGGGGAUCAGUUCAAAUCAGAUGAUGUAGUACUUGAUCCUAUGCUAGAUGUAGAUGGAGAUUUGUGUUUGAUAAUGGAUCCUGUUAGUAAUUUCACUGCUGUUAAAUGCCAUACGAAUCACUACAGAUUUUGCGUGGUUAAACCUUACGUAAAAGAGGGUAUGACGAAAAAAGGUUGUGAAGGGUUGAAGGAUUCUUUUAGGUUCUGGAGCCCGGUUUCAACUUGCUUAACAGUUUUAACAGGGGUUGGAGGGGGUGCUGUUCGAGCGACUUGGAACCAAGCGAGGGAUCUUUGUGGUAAAAAGGGGGGUUAUCUGCUGAGUCAUGGGUGGAGAUAUUCGAAUUAUAAAGAAUUUAGUUAUGCCAAUAAUUUAAAUCAUACGUACCCACUGGGAAUUGUUAUGAGCACUAAUUAUUCUUGGCUGAGAUAUGACGCGAUGACUGAUCAUUCAGAGAUACCAAUAUCAGAGUGGAAUUUCGGUGAUACAAUAAACACGACGGAUACAUUUCUCGGUGCUUUGCGCUAUAAUUUUUGGUAUCUCGUGAAUGGAUCUUACAUAUUCUAUGACGUCAUAUGCGAGCGAUCUGUUCAAAUAAAAGAUGUCAGUUUGGAUGUAACGAUAGACGUAGAAAACAAACUCACGCUUGCAGUCAACGAUUCUCUAGAUAAAGAUGAUAUUUAUUGUUUCACUGACUCUGUAUACUACUACCCAGUGAAAGUCAAAAAAGAAAGAGUCGAUGAUAGUAAUGUAUAUGUUCUUAAACCGAAACAGGACGGUUACUAUUGGUGUACUCAUGUUAACACGAAAAGAUUCAAAGUCACGGAAUCAAAAAAAGUUUUGUUCAUACGAGAAAAAGUCUCCCUAGUCAAUUUGUAUACCAUCAAAUUAAGAUAUUUGAAGAUGUAUAGUAUAAUAGAAGAUUUGGAAAAACUUUAUAGUAUUUUGGGAAUGAGAUUAAAGGAAUACAUUUAUUUACGCACAAAAUACGAAAGCGUUUACGGGGAUUUAAAUACAAAUAUAACAGAGGAAGUGUUAAAAAGUUUUCAAAGUACCAACUACGGUUUGGAUUGGAAAGAGAAUUCGGUUAUUGUAAAGAUGAAGAUAAAAAGAUUGUAUUUAGAUAGAGGAACAAUUCUAAUUCAUGUGGAACUACAUCCUGAUAUGAGACCUGUCACGCCUGGUAUUUGGGAAGAUAUUGUGAUUUUGUCCAUGAAGCCAGUGUUUUACUGCAAAGGUUUUGAUUCCAUACCUCAGAUGUCUUUAGGGCAGUCAACAAAAUCCGUUGGGUGCCGCACCCAUACAUGCGUGGGUGAUUUCAACGAGGGUGUGCAAUGGGUGACCACGGCUACCGCAGACUGCUCCACCCGUUCGCCCGUUACCCUCGACAGAUCCCUUCAAUUCUUACCUACACAGAUCUCGAAUCCUGAAACGACACCCGACUAUGACAGCUCCGAAGAAGAACCUUUACUAGAAACCGCAGCGACAUCUUCCGAAAAGAAAAAAACAUCGACUACUAGCAGACCUAUUGUUAUCCUACCUGAAAUAACCACAACCGAAAUGCCGUCUGAAGUAUCCACGGUUACCGCGCCUUCGGAAGAAUUGUCCACUAUUGAUAGUCCGGAGAUAUUUGAAUCCACUACGGUUUCUAUAGAGAAUAACAGUACAACAGAGUUUAACACGACUACGAUUUCUACGACCACAGCGUCUACGCCAACGACUAGACCGCCAGGAGAACAAUUGGACCAAGUGCUAAGUGACUUGGACAACCUGAUCAACAGUUCCGCCCCUAUCACAGUGGAUGAUAUUGGCGAUGUAUUUAAUCAGGUAGAUGAAUUAUUUGAACAUCACGACAGCCUAGAAAUCCCUGGUCGUCUUUUACACCUCCUAGAUAAUUUGGGUGCUGCCAUAGAGCUGAACGGAUCAAGAAGCGUUACUACAGUGCGGAACAACAUUGCUAUGUUGCUAGCCGAUGCUGAGCCAAGCCAUCCCGUGAGAGGCAUGAAGAUAGCAGCAAGAGACAACGAUGUAUUUACUGACGGUGCUUUCGAAAUUAUCUCAGGUGAAGUAAACAGAACAGUCCUCGACUCCGAAAGGAACGAGGUAGUGGUUCACUUGCCACAGUCCGUGUCAGACGCAUCUCGUCGCAUUAGUUUCGUGGUGUUCAGGAACGAUAGAGCCUUCCAAGCGAGCCAAAAAUCUUACUCGGUUAACAGUCGCGUACUGAGUAUCAAAGUGGAGGAUGUCACCAACUUUGAGAAUGGAGAGGUAAUAGACAUCCAUUUAAGCCCAACAACAACAGAAACAGACCGCAACGCAACAAGAACAUGCGCUUACUGGAAAUUCAAUGAAGAUGGAACUGGAUCCUGGUCCUCCGAUGGUUGCACCCUCAUCCGUGCAACUGAACCAGGCAUGCUAGACACUUGCAGAUGCACCCAUCUCACGCAUUUCGCUGAAGUAUUGUUCCCGAAGUCAGUAUUUUCCCAAAAGGAUGAAGAUGUUUUGGAACUGCUAACUGUUAUUGGAUGCUGCUUAUCUAUUUUUGGGCUGAUAAUGGUUGGAGUUACGGCAGCCAUGUUCAGAUCCUGGCGACGAGAUUAUAGCAACAAAAUCUGGCUUCAAUUAUGUAUAUCAAUAUUCUUACUCGUCCUUAGCUUUUUAGUAAUUAUUUUUGCUAAAUUUGACCAAUACAGUAUUGCUUGUAUGUUAAUAGGUGUAGUCUUACAUUACUCAGUUCUAUCGUCAUUCUGCUGGAUGUUAGUAGCAGCAGUGUUAUCGUAUAGAAGAUUAGUAUUAGUCUUCACAAGAGAUGCCUCACAUAAACUGUUGAGAGCAUCUGCAUUUGCUUGGGGGGUUCCUUUGGCUAUUAUUGGCAUUCUUCUUUCAGCCGCUCCGUCUUCUUACGCGGGGCGUUUCGAAGAGAAAAUGCCGAGUGGUUCUUUUUGCUAUCCUUCUGGACUUGCUAUGUGGCUGGCUGUAUAUGCCCCCAUAGCAUUUAUAUUACUUGUAAACUGGACACUAUUUGCUUUAAUAGUCCGUUCCGUGUUUGCAUCUAGGGGGAUUCAGAGACAUGGGGAUUCGAACGAAGCUCUCCGUUGCGCUUCCGUUAGUUGUUUAUUGGUUUUCCUUUUUGGGCUGCCUUGGAUUUUUGGUUUGUUCGCUUUCAACGUUGUCGCUGCGUACUUCUUCACGUUUACGGCGACUUAUCAAGGGUUUAUGUUGUUCCUUUUCUUUGUCCUUGGGAACAAGAAGACUAGGGAUUUGUGGUUGAACAAACUAAAGAUCAAGCAGACACGCAAAGUGCCUGUGACGUCAUCUACAUAUUCCAAUAGCCGUACAGGUUGGAGAGGGGCUGCAUCGCCGUUGUCUGUGGAAGCUAAGGCAUCGAAGCCUAAAUCUUUGAACCAAGAUGACUCUAGGUUUUCUUGACGAAGGCCUAAACCCAAGCAGCCAAUUAUAGGUUAAUAUUUCAACGGGUAGGUAUUUCUCGAAAAAAAUUCUCGACUUUUACUCGACAGAAUCACACUUUCUUCAUAGAUUCUUAUGAAAUAGAAAUGCAUACAGUUUGAGAUAUAAGAUGUGCAUUAACCUUAAUUUUUGUUAAUUAUGAAAUUGUACCUAAUAUUAUAGUUUGGCCAUAUUGCUACUCUUUCUAGCGAGGCGCUAAAUUCUGUGUUCAUUAUUCUAUACCCUAAAUUGUUAUGUUAAAUAGUUUUAUUUAUUUUUUGUUAUUUAUAAUCUAUUUGAUAGGAUUUAAAUGAAGGAGUUAUUU